AUGCCGUGCCAGGCUGAGCUGGCACUCAUGGGGGGACUGUCCCCCCUGACGCCCCUGUCUGUCACCCAGGUGGAGGAUGGGGGCAAGGCCGCGCUGUCCCGCCGGCUGCAGCCGGGCGAUGAGCUGGGGAACCUCAGUGGGGCGCUGUACGGGUCCCGCCAGGAGGCCCUGAUCCUCAUCAAGGGUUCCUACCGCACCCUGAAGAUGAUCGUCCGCAGGAGGAGUGUGCCCGUCCUCCGGCCCCAUUCCUGGCAUGUGGCCAAGCUCGCCGAAAGCCGCCCCGACGCCCCCGCCAUGCACUGCCCUGCCGACGCCUUCAGCCUCUCCUGGCCCUCAGGGUGUGAUUGGAACCCGCUGUCCCUGCAAUGGAACCCACUGUCCCGGCACUGCAGCACUGACCGGAGCAGCUCCAUCGGGAGCAUGGAGAGCCUGGACCAGCCUGGCCAGGCCUACUAUGAAGGGGACCCCUCACCCGUUGACCAGGGCAUGUACCACAGCAAGCGGGACUCAGCCUACAGCUCCUUCUCCGCCAGCUCCAUCGCCUCUGACUGCGCCCUCUCUCUCCGCCCUGAGGAAGCUGCCUCCACCGACUCCGGCCUCCAAGGUCCCUGCAAGCCCCCAGACGGGCGCUACCUGACCACGGGGCCUGAGCUGCCUGCCAGCCGGCACCCUGAGGCCUGGCGGGCACCCAUGCCCCCCCAGCCCCCAGUUAGGAGGGACAGCCUACGGGCCGCCCCAGCCAGUGGAGGGGAAAGGCGCCGGGCAUUGGUGUCUGCAGAUGUGCUGCAUGCCAAGGGCCGGUGGAUCUCUGACACCUUCCUCUGCCAGCGGGACGGGGAGACGGAGGAAGCUGGUGGGAGGACGCCAGGGCCAUACCCCACAAAGGACCAUCUCUCUGCUGACCAGUAUUACAUGCUGAGCUCCCCCUCAGACCGGAGUCUGGCUGAGCCACUCCUGGGCGAGAGCACAGAGCCUGGUGACCGGCUGUACCCAGAUGGUGGUGUGCACCGAGUGCCAGAUGCCACGGCAGCGGCUGACAGCCUGCUGCUCUCCCCCCUCAAGGGCCAUGUGCUGCACCGGCACAGCGCUCCUGAGCAGUUGCUGGCCUCCCAGCUCCGCUCCCUCCAGGAAUUUCCUCUGGAUGAGUGGGAACCACCAGCAGUAACCAGGAAAGCCAGCCAGUCCAUCAGUGAGCUCUCCCACUACCAACUGGGCUUCCCGAGGCUUGGCCCUUUCCACCCCUGCUUUGAGAGUGCCAAGCCAGAGUGGCCACCCUGCUACCGGGCCACAUCCACCCAUGACCUGUCGUGGGAUGGCGACCGCCUGGCCUGCUCCCCUGAGAGCCUCCCCGAUCCCCUGCACCGCCCGCUGCGGGGCAGAGCCUUUUCGGAGAGUCACCUCAACCUGGAGCCAGCCAGUCCCUGGGCCCGUGACCAGAGGGACCUUCUCCGUGCCAAGCUGGACCCUCCCGAUGUCCCCAAAAAGAAGGGCCCUCCACCCCCCCGCCCGCCUCCCCCCAACUGGGAGAAGUACAGACAGCGCCGGAUGUCCCAGCGCCUGCCAGAUGGUUCUGGGCACAGCUCUGCCUUCAGUGCUGUGCCAGUGCUGACCCGCAGCAUCGCUGAGGCCCUGCUGGUGGUGGGGGAGCGGCAGGACUGGCGGGAGCAAUUCCAGCAGGACUGGCGCCUGGAGGCCCUGGCGCAGGACAGGCAGGGCUUCGAGCCCAUCUCGCCACCCUCUGCCAGCACUGCCAGCUCCACCUCCUACCCAGCAUAUUAUGGUGUGGCAGCAGGCAAAGCUGAGCCGCUCAGCAAGGUGAAGGAGCUGCCAGAGGUGGUGGAGGGGAGCUCAGAGGACGACGAGGAGGAUAUGGACCGUGAGCUGGUGGAGAAGCUGCAGCUGAUCGAGAGCCUGAGCCGCAAGCUGGCAGUGCUGCAGGAGGCGCAGCGGGGGCUGCAGGAGGACAUCAGCGCCAACGGGGCACUGGGCGAGGACGUGGCCGCCCGCCUGCAAGCCCUCUGCACCCCGGGGGAGUUCGACAAAUACCGCCUCUUUGUGGGCGACCUGGACAAGGUGGUCAACCUCCUGCUCUCCCUCUCGGGACGCCUGGCCCGGGUGGAGACUGCCCUGGGCAGCCUGGGGCCACAUGCCCCUGCUGAGGACAAGGUGGCCCUGCGGGAGAAGCAGCGACUGCUGGUGGCGCAGCUGGAGGAUGCCAAGGAGCUGAAGGAGCACGUGGGGCGGCGGGAGGAGGCAGUGGGUGCCAUGGUGGCGCGGUACCUGCCUGCCGAGCAUCUCCAGGACUACCAGCACUUUGUCAAGAUGAAGUCAGCCCUCAUCACCGAGCAGCGGGAGCUGGAGGAGAAGAUCAAGCUGGGCCAGGAGCAGCUCCGCUGCCUGCGUGAGAGCCUCGGCCAGGCCCCCAAGGGCUGCUAG